AUGGAUUGCUGCAUCAAACAGCACCAUGCAAUCUUCUAUUUGACACUAAAAAAUACAAGGGAGUGUGUCUUCCACAAGAGAAGUGAUGAGAUUAGGGCAUUAGAGUAUUCCAGGAAGUGUGCCAUCCACGAAAAGGCAAAGAGUUUUGCUUUAACAACCAAAGAUAAGUGCUUUGCGUUGGUUUUCAGGAGAAAGAGGGACCAUCUUCUAAAGCCUAAGUACUCUCCAAUAUCUGAUAAUAUAAAUGCACGUGUCAAUUGGAUAAAAUGUUGUAUAUCCAGUGUGAAGUUCUCUGUUCUAAUUAAUGGAAGUCCUGAAGGUUUUUUUCAAUCUAGCAGGGGUUUGAGGCAGGGAGAUCCCCUGUCACCUUUCCUAUUCUUAUUAGCCAUGGAGGGGCUAAAUUACAUGAUCAGAAAAGCCAAAACUAAUGAAUGGAUAAAAGGGAUUGGAACCCAAACCAAUAGGGGUGAAGACAUGGAAAUUACACACUUAUUGUAUGCUGAUCACUCUUUGGUGUUUUGUGAGGCUAAGGUUGAACAAAUCAGACACCUAAAGGCAAUAUUGACCAUCUUUGAAGCCAUCUCAGGCCUCCAUGUUAACUGGAAUAAGAGUUUCUUAUAUCCAGUGAAUCAGGUGACUGAUCUACAGUUUCUGGCAAGUAACUUGGGCUGUCAAACUGAGUCACUGCCCACAAAGUACUUGGGAAUGCCUCUGGGUGCCAACCACAAGGCACAAGAGAUAUGGAAUGAUGUGUUAGAAAAGUGUGAAAAGAAAUUGACAAGAUGGAAGAGUCAAUAUUUAUCUCUUGGGGGCAGACUGACUUGGAUAAAUUCAGUCUUGGAUGCCUUACCUACUUACAUGAUGUUUUUGCUUCCUAUUCCUAGGGGUAUAGGGAAGAAGAUUAACAAAGUAAGAAGGGAAUAUCUGUGGCAUGGUAACAAAGACAAGAAAGGUUAUAACUUAGUGGAGAGGGAGACUGUGACACUCAGCAAGCAACAUGGUGGCAUGGAGAUUAAGAAUCUCAGACUUCAUAACCAGAGUCUACUCCAGAAGUUAGUCUCAAAAAAAAAAGAGUCUACUCCAGAAGUGGUUGUGGAGGUUUGCAAGGAUGACAGAUCUCUCUGGAAGAAAUACAUACCUCAAAAAUAUGGUUUGUUGAAUCAGUGGACAACAAAUGAAGUAAAUGCUACUUAUGGAUGCAGUGUCUGGAAGACUAUUAGAAGAAUGUGGAAUGAAUGCAGAACACCACUAAUGUUCCAGAUAAACCAGUUUGGAAACUAUGCAGCAAAGAGAAUUUCAAUGUUAAAAUCAGUUUAUUGGGAGAAGAACAAGAUUGUAAAUCCAUCUCUGGUUUGGCCAUGGAAACUUAUUUGGAAAGUUAAAAUUCCAUAUAAGGUUUCUACUUUUGUUUGGAUAACUGCACAUCAGUGGCACAUGUUUCUUUUGUAUCCUAGGGAUGAAGUGGGUGUCACCAAGAUCAACUCUAGAAUUGGAAGAAGAAAGGCAGAGGAAGAUUGGUGGCAGGCCAUUCCAGCUUGUAUUUGGUGGUCAAUUUGGAAGGAAAGAAACUCAAAACAAUUUGAAGAUAAAGGCUUGACCCCAAAGGCAGCCCUUCCAAAAGUUCUCAACCGCCAGGGCAGAACCCAGGCCAAAGAGGGGGUUCUUUUGGAAAUAGUUUUCAACCAGCACUAA